AAUAAUAAUAAUUUGGUGACAAUUGCUUUUAGUUUUGCUUUAUAAUAUCCUUAGCAGUCUCAUUCUCUGAAGUUUUUGUUUUGGGUUCCCAAAAUCCAGGACUGUUUAAUAGUCAAUACUACAAUUACACUCUGUCUUAAUUCAUUCUCUCAUCUCUCAUUCUUCACUUGGGCCCAUUGCAUUUCAUUCCUAAGAUGUUUCAGGUCUUAUUGGGUGGUGAUUUUGUAGUCAUCCAGUUUUGCAAACAAGGCCUCUGACUGAAGGAUUUUAUCAGAGGUGAUAAUAUGUUGACAGGGUAUGAGCUCUUCUUCAUCAACUGUACAGUUUGAAAGGUCAAGAGAAAUGGGGAUAUAUGAGCCAUUCAGACAGGUUCCCAUGGCCAUGUGGAAAAACUCCUUUGAAAAUGAUAAUAAUAACAUCUUAUACACACCCAAUUCAACUAUUGUUGAGGAGGUGGUUCCUAGUCAAGAAACCAAGCUUGAGUUUAUAUCUCAUGAAUCGGUAGGACCUUCAGAAAAUGACCAAGAAGCUCAUAAAUUUACUGAUGAUAACAAGGUGCAGAGAAGAUUGGCACAAAAUCGUGAAGCUGCAAGAAAAAGUCGUUUGCGGAAAAAGGCUUAUGUUCAACAAUUAGAAUCAAGCCGUAUGAAACUAGCCCAAUUGGAGCAAGAACUUGAGAGAUCUAGGAAGCAGGGUGCAGCAUUCAUAGGCAGUAAUACUAAUAGCUCAUCAAGUUUGAACUCAGAAAUGGUAGCAUUUGAUAAUAAAUACGGGUAUUGGGUGGAAGAGCUAAACAGACAGAACGGUGAGCUAAGAAAUGCACUGCAAGCUAGAGUAGCAUCGGAUGUAGAACUUGGUAUGUUAGUAGAGAAUGGUUUGAACCAUUACUACAAUCUUUUCCAGAUGAAAGAAGAGGCUGCCAAGUCAGACAUUUUCUAUUUAAUGUCUGGAAUAUGGAGAACCCCAGCUGAACGUUUUUUCCUCUGGAUUGGAGGAUUUCGUCCCUCUGACCUUCUUAAGGUUGUGAUGCCACAUAUCGAGCCAAUGAACGAUCAACAAGUGGCAGGUGUAAAUAACCUUAGGCAAUCAUCACAGCAAGCUGAAGAUGCUCUGUCACAAGGAAUAGAUAAACUUCACCAGAAUCUGGCCUUUAAUAUGGCAGCUGAUCCCAUAACUGAAGCUGCUUAUGAAUCUAUAAUGGCCGAUGCUAUAGAGAAGUUGGAAGCACUUGAGAUUUUUGUGAACCAGGCUGAUCACCUUAGGCUACAAACAAUGAGGCAAAUGGCUCGUAUUCUAAGGCCCAACCAAGCUGCACGGGCAUUGCUCGCCUUAGGGGACUACUUUCACCGUCUGCGCGCGCUUAGCUCACUUUGGUCUGCUCGUCCUCGUCACUCCUCCGCAUAAUUACUUGUUCCAUCUUAAUUAUAAUAUCACUACUCAAAUAUAUGCAUAUUUUCAUUUUUAUAUGUAUACAUAUGCACUAAAUCUUCUCAAAUGAACAAUUAAUAUAUGGGAUUCAACAUGCAUGUAUGUGCAUACAGCAUAUAUAUAUAUAUGCAAUGAAAGAUCGAUCAUGUUGAAUUAUGUUUUGUAGGUUAAAAAGUCUUAAACGACGGCUUUUUUAUUUUUAUGGUCCAAUGAUGAAUUAGUACUAAAUCUAGUGCUACUUAGUUAAUUUGUAAAGUUAAUUAAAGAAGUUGUUUAAUGAAAUGGUUGCUACUUGCUACCAA